UGAAUUUUGGAGAUAUGCCGAAGUACUUGUGGGAGAUUUGGGUACCUGACAAACCAUGGGUGUCCCAGCGCCGUGUUACAUUUCACCUCCCUGAUGGCUCCCAGGAAAGCUGCAGUGACAGUGGUCUGGGAGACCACGAGCCAGUGGGUGGUGGAACCCUGAUCUCACACCCUCUCCCUCUGGUUCAGCCGCAGGACGAAUUCUACGACCAGGCUUCACCAGACAAGAGGACUGAAGCUGAUGGCAAUUCUGACCCCAACUCGGAUGGGCCUCUUGGGCCACGAGGAUUAGCUGAAGCUACAGAGAUGUGUACUCAAGAAUGCCUGGUUUUGGGUCACUCAGACAACUGUUGGAUGCCUCCUAGCUUGGGCCCAUACCAACAGCCAAAGUCUCCUCUCUCCACCUUUGCCCCUCAGAAAGAAUGGGUUAAGAAGGACAAACUAGUUAAUGGACACACAUUGACCAGGACCUGGAAAGAAGAUAGCAACAGAAAUCAGUUCAGUGACCGAAAGCAGUAUGGUUCCAGUGAAGGCCAUUUCAACACUGGCAACCACAUGACUGACAUUCCUCUGGCCAACUUGAAGUCUUAUAAACAGGCCUCAGGAGCUGUGGAGAGUCCAAAGGAACACCAGCUAUAAGAAAUGAUUACUUUGGACCCAUGACUUUAGCCUACUUAGACUUGCUAAUACUAUGUGUGUGUCAGAGCUUUAUGUACUGGAUAGACCUCUAGAACUAUGCUUCACCUAGCAGAGAUAUGCAUAUCUUUAUGUUAGCGUCGUGGAAGGUAUGAUGUCCUGCAACAUGAAAGAGUGUUUCUACUAGUUGUGUGGUUUUGUUAAAUAGACAUGAUUAAAAUCUGCAGAGAUCUCUCCAGUUUGCAAAUAUUCUUUUUUUGUUUUUUUGGUUUUGACCCUGGACUGCUGCUAUGAACAACAGAAGAUGCAUUUGGAGAGUGAGAGAGCAUGAAAGUUCAAUGGAUUGCAAAGAUUGAAAAGCAUAUCCAGUUAGAAAAUUGUACUUUUGUUGUCAUUGAUCUAUGCUGAGACCUUUAUACUUGAGAUCAUAUUGCAAACAAUUGAAGCUAAACAUUAAACCUAUUGUGCUAUUAACAAUGUUAGUGGACACUUAUAAGUCAAUCAGCGUUCAAAUACUUGUAAAUAGAAACAAUUAUUACUUACAACUUUUGUGUACUUAUAAUGUUCACUUGAAAAGAUACUGUAGCAUAUUUCUGUGUUUCACAGUUGCUUUUUAAUUUCUUUCAUUGCCUUCCUAUUGUUUUGCUUUUAUUUUCAGUGAUGGUGUUUCUGUGUUAGUAGUCUGUCUGACACACAAUGUUCCAAGGAACUCAAACCACUUGUGUUAAAAGUGAUGGGGUGGGAAGAAAGGUUGGUUGCAGAAAGGGAAAAAGAAAAAUUUCUUUCUAUGUAGUAGCAAAUCAUGCCAGCAUUCAGGUAGAAUUUCUUCUUUUAUUUUAAUUUAAUUUAAUUUAAUUUAAUUUAAUUUUAUUUUAUUUUAUAUUAAGAAGUGAAAGAACUUGUGUAAGGGCUUAAAAACUUAGCGGUUUUUUGUUUCAUUUCCAUUAUGUUUCAUAAAACAGGGAAAUUGCAAAACAAAAGAAUAUUUAAAUGUGUGGUGGCAGGUGAAGGGGAAAGCUAUUCAUUUGGGAUCCUAGAACAAAUUAGCUGUAGUCUGUCAUUUAAUGAGUGGUAGCUGAUGUUGAUCCCAGCUGAAAUACAUGGAGGAAAUUCUACAGGAGCAAAAUACAGUAAUAAUGUUUUUCCAAUUGGGCAGGUGUGUGUCUAUACCUAAGACAGUAUGUAUUGCUGAAACAGCAGCAUUUGUGUUGAUCUUCAUCUGCGUUAAUGUUGUAGUAACACAAGUGUUUUUAGACCAUAGCCACAGAAUAUUUAAUGUGUUGUGCCUUCAUGAUGUAACAGAGCAUUCUCCUGGUAGGCUAGUUGGGGGAAACUAAAGGGUUAAAUCUCUAAUUAUUGCUGUUUAACUGUUUGUUAUCAUAGUUGGUCGAUGCCUGGCAGGUACCAGUAUCACAUCACCUCAGUCAAACCAGUAGAGUGACUCCUAAUGUUAGUGAGAUCUAAGUUGCACGCAAAGCAAAUCCAAAUCCAAACAUUUUUAGAUGGGUUUUUUUAAGGCAUGAAAGAUGAUUUACACAAAUAAAUAGCAUGCAAAACAAAAAAAGUCCAUACAGAAAAAAAUCAAAAGUUAUUUAUGCCACAGUGAAACAUCAGUCUUAAAGUAACAAAUUUAGCUAAUCUGAAGGUGAUUUUAUUCUUACUGAAAACACAAGCUUUUUUUUCUUUAUUCUUUUGUAUAUAGCAGUUCACUUUUUUUCCCUCCACAGUAUAAAAGGCUUAAAAUGGGCUAGGGGUGCAUUGCUUAUGGCAGUACUUAUGUCAGUUUGUGAGGGGUGUUUGAUGACUUUGACAGAAUAAAUAUCUAACCAGUUAUCCUUGUUACUGCUUUGCCAGUUCAACAUUAUUUAGUUAUUCAGCUUUUGCAAUAAAUGUUCUGAAUUCC